GACCAUACUCUAUGUUUCAAUCAUUUAUGCCAUUGGCAAUGUCACUGUUGCUAUCACAUCAAUUCCUGCAGUACUGGCAAAAGUAAAAACGUGAGUUAAUUGUUUUUCUAAUGAAAUGCAUGUAACAGUAAGUUACAGUAGUAGCUUAAUGACUGGUAACCCUUAAACUCCCAAGAGUGACCAAGACAGAAUUUCUCCUUACAAUUCUGAUGCAAAAUCAAGAAAAUUGGUAAUGUUCCUAGCAUUCAAAGAUAUUUUCUUAACUGAAAAAAAACAUUGAGCUGAGCUUUUAAGAACUCCAAGGAACAGUUUUUCUCUGUGGAAAAUCUAGCAUCUUGUUGGUGUCUCGUAAGCUGGACUUUAUUCUAUUUUGAGUUCUUUUUUUCAUUAAGGUCUUGAGAUACUUGCUGUAACAAUAAGCGUUGUUUGCUAGUAGCCUUGUUUCAGUGUCAACUUAAGGGACAGGCAUUUGCAUAACAAGGCAGUUUUUGAUGUAACACUCGGUGGCAGAUAUUAAUUAAAACAAGAUGUGGUUUCUCGGGCCGUGUGAUUUCUUUGUAUUUAAACAGUAACUCUUCUCUCUCAAUACUUCUCUCUCCUGUCAAUUUGAGUGGGUUUCAGAGUAUUGUCUGGGGGAUACAUACAUACAUACCUACAUACAUACAUGUAGUUACAAAUGUACAUACUCUAUUGGCUCGUACUCUUCCACGGGGCUUUUCUGGGGAUCCUGAUAAUGCAUGGAGGUAGAGUGGAGGGUGAGGGGAAGCAUCCCAUCAAGGGGAUGGGAAGAUGGGCGGCAUUUUGCUACAGAAAAUGGACUGAGUUAAGGUGGCAAAGGUCAUUUGGCAUAUGGUGAUGACUAAUGAAUGAAUGGUUAGUUGUCCUCUUUUGUUGACUUUUUCUCCUUCUUUUCCAGGGCUGGUCCAAUGAUUGGGUUGCUGUUAAUCGCACUUGGUACAGGAGGCAUCAAACCAUGUGUGUCAGCUUUUGGGGAGAUCAGUUUACUGCUGAUCAAGUAAUGUACCUGUAGAGUAGAAAGUUGUUAUGUUUGAGCUACAUGUACUGCAUAGUAGUAUGUACUGCAAUCAUUAUCAUUAUGACCACUGUUCCUGCAAGCAAAUAGAUUAUACAAUAGGUCUUGUGCAUGUUUAUAAAGUGCAGCACAAUGUACAUUGGAAAGCUAAAUUAACCCUGGAGCCUUGCUUUCAAGGUGCAGAUGGGUGAAUUUAAAUAUCAAAUUGACAGUAUUCCUCAGACACUAAAAUCUAAAGAAUACUGAUAUAUAGAAAUUGGCAAAGAUUCACAAAAAUUUUUAGUGUAAGUGAGUUAUAGGAGUGAAUUUUCAGUUAAUUAGGUCAUUGUGUGUCAGAAAUAUAGUAAGAUGUGGCUCAUGGAACUCUAACUUAAAUCUCAUUUGAAAUCUUAACCCUUUAAUUCCCAUGAGUGACCAAGACAAAAUUUCUCCUCAAAUUUAAAUGCAAUAUCAACCAGAUAAGUGAUGAGAAUAAAGAAAAAUAUAAAUUUGGACAUAAUUAGUUGAUCCAAUACUAAAUUCUCAGAAAUAACAUUAUAAGAAUUGUAUGGUUAACAGUAAGGAGAAAAGAGAGGCAAAAGAUAAUAAGUGAAAAAAAACAUACCAAAAACAUACUUAUUGCCUUUUAAGUAAUAUGCUUUUAUUUUAUUGCCUUUGUUGCAGGAACAUUUACUUCAGAGCUAUUUUUCCAUUUUCUAUUUUGCCAUCAAUCUUGGUAGCCUUUUAUCUAUGAUUGUUACACCGAUGCUGAGAGGCAAGUGAUUCAAUGUGAACUUGUAUUUAGUAACACACAGUUGUGCUAUUUUAAAGAAAAUGAAUAUAAAUUGUUUGAAGAUCAGUUAAUAUUUACAGUGGGGCAUUGUUGGGGCUAUGAACUGAGCAUCUCUCUCAGACAGCAGGCAGAGAUGUUCUUAAUAAAUUUUACAGUCAGUGAUUCAAGUAGCUGGCUGACACUUUACAGCAAUAAAGACCUUAUUAGGUCCCUUUACAGUGCAAACAAGGAAAAGUGUCUUUUAGUGCUAGCCUCUUCUAUAUUGUAAAUUCCUGAUCAUGAGUAAUUUGUUUGUUUGUUUUUUUUUUUUUUUUUUUGGGGGGGGGGAAUGCAAGACUGUGUAAUGAUGCUGAGGAUAUGUUUUUUUUUUUUUUUUUCCAGGUGAUGUGUCCUGCUUUGGUCAAGAUUGUUACAUGUUGGCAUUUGGAGUCCCUGCUUUGCUGAUGAUCCUGUCAAUUGGUACAGUGUAUAAUAUUUUUCCUGCAUUUACAAUACUAUCUAAGAUUCUUAACCCUUUAACCCCUAAGUGACUAGCAUCUAAUUUAUCCUUACAAUUUGACCCCUGAAUCACACAUUAUGGACAAAGGAAUAAAGGAAAUGAUCACUAACUAAAAAAAACUCUUGAUUAACAAAUUCUCCUCAUCAGCACCUUAGGAAAUGUAUAGAGAACAGUAUGGAGAAUAUGCAUACUGAUAUUAGGGUGUAAAGGGUAAAGGGGCAUAUGGACUAAAGCCUAAAAUGGUUUUUUAAGCAACUUCAACAUAAAUUUUCCUUGGUAAAUACAAGUCAAUUUGUAGGGAGGAAUUUAGUAGACUAUCAUUUGUCAUGUAGGGCUUAUUACCAUGUAGCCUCCCACCCCUCCCUCAUAUUAGUAAACACACUAAAUUUUGUUAACUAGUUCAAUGUUUUUUUCCACAGCAUUGUUUUACUGUGGUCGUAACAAGUACAAGAAAGUCCCACCAGAGGGAAAUAUUGUUCUACUUGUCAGCUGUGCUGUCGGGGUUUGUAUUAUCCAUUAACUUUUAGAAUUAAAUUAAUUUUACAAUAUAGUUUUGAAUGAAAGAAAAGCUAAAAAUGUUUCUUCAAUCUUAGUAUCAUGAUUGAUCCAAUUUUUUAAAUCUGAUUUGUUUUGUUUUCUCACCAGAAUGCUAUUAAAAAUAAGGUGAAAAGUAUUGGUUCAGGGGAAAAGAGGGACCACUGGAUGGACUAUGCAAAGAAGGAUUAUGAUGUAAGUUCCACUGAACUGGUUACGUUUUUUAUUUACAAUUGAAUAUUUUUUGAUGCAGCCAUAUUCCUGUUUUCAAAUUAUCACUCAUGAUAAUUGUUAUUGUUUUUCUUAGUCAAACUUGGUGGAGGACAUCAAAGCACUGUUCAAAGUUCUUUUCAUGUUUCUACCUUUGCCUGUGUUCUGGACGUUGUUUGAUCAACAGGUGAGAUAUUUUAUUCCUUUACACAUAAACCAUUAACCCUUAUCGAAUAUUAAUUUUUUGUAAUGUAGCGAUGUCUGUGAACCGUAAGAAACGAAAUCCAAAACCAUUGAGAAAACUGUUGUGAAAAUUGUAUCAUUGCUGCUGCCUUUCCUAGGCAAACUUGUUUUAGUGACCUUAUCCUCCCCUUCCUACAUCCACCCAGUCAAUGUCACUUGGUUUGUAGUGUUGACUGUACUUUCAAUAGAGGAGAGAGGGAGUGGGGGAGGAGGGAGGGAGGGAGGGGUGGCAGCUGGGCUUCUUGGUUAGGUGUUAGGAUAUGUCAAUACCACUAGAGCUAUUUAACAAUUAGAUUGUGAGCUCCAGAUCUAAAUUAAAUGAUUGUAGAUUAGGGAAAAGCCUGAAGGAACAAUCAAACAUCCUUGCUACUCUGAUUGUAAUGUUUAUAAAGAUAAACAAAUAUAUUAGUUCACAGGAAACUAAACAUCAUGGUAGUUACAUGCAGAGAAAUACACUGAUUACAAGAAUAUGCUAACAUUUAUCUAUAAAUCCUUUAACUCCUGAAAGUGUUCAAUUUGUAACCUCUCCCUACAAUAUCCAUACAUUACUCAGCAAACAGGUGAUGAGAAUCAUCAAACUUAUCAGGCACAAGUUGUUACCUUGAUUGACCACCAAAUUCUUGUUAAUCAUUACAAAGAAAGGUGUAGAAGCUAGAGAGGAGAAUUGACAAUCAGAUCUUGGGAGUUUAAGGGUUAAAUUGUUUUUGUGCUGUUAAUUCUAGGGUUCACGAUGGACUCUUCAAGCUGAAGAAAUGGAUGGUAACUUAGUAAGUAAAUGGCAAAUAAUAUUUCAUGAAGUUUAAAACCAGUAGUGGAAUUUCAUGUUUUGGAUGGUUUACACACAUGUAUUUCUCAUAGAGGAAGAAAAAUAGGUGAACAGGCAAACUUGGAGAAACUCAGAACUCAUUGUCUUUGACAGGCUCAAGGUAGAUAGGUGAUAUCACUCAGCAUUGCCAAUUACGACAGACACCUGCCUGAACUGGACUGAAUUUCUCUCAGUUAGCCAGACUUUAGCCUAAAUGAUGGUGCACCAUACAUUACAGGUUACUAAAAACCUGAGAUGUUCUGCUUGUUUCAACACUUUUAUUCUUAUUAAAAUAGUUUUCUCAAAUGUUUACCUUCAUGAAGAACAAAUCGUUGAUAUCACUGUUUUCCUCUUAAUAUGUUAUUUAUUUUAUUGUGCUUUUACAGGGCAAAUUUGGAACCUUAAAGCCUGAUCAAGUGCAGGUCUGUUUUCAUUUUGACCAUUGUUUACUUAUACAUUAACCCUUUACAUCCUAACAUCAGUAUGCAUAUUCUCAAUACUGUUCCCCAUAUAUUUCCUAUGGUACUGACAAGGAGAAUUUGUUUAACAAUCAAGAGCUAAGUUGGUGAUCAUUUCCUUUAUUCUCAUGACCUUAAUGUGUGAUUCUGGGGUGAUAUUGUAAGGAGAAAUUAGAUUGUAUUCACUCCUAGUCAAAGGGUUCAUUUCUGUGGCAAUGGGCUCUUUAGACAUUUUUUUAAUUUUCAUUUUUGGCACUGUCAAUUCUCUUCUCGUUUUUCAUUUCGUAUUAUGAAAUAAUUCAAAUAGUACACGCCGCUUUGAUUGGCCAUAAAACCAUUUUACAUGAGCGUAUGUAAACACGGCUUUCGUUCCUCUUUCAUUAGUUACUUUAUAAAAGAAAUGUAAAAUGGUUUCCGUGUUUACAUAGCCUGAUGUAAACACUUGGGAGGUUGGGAGAACACUCGAUAAGCUGGAAAUCACUCCGCUUCGCGUCGUGGUUUCCUACGCUUAUUUCGUGUUCUCCCAACCUCCCGCGUGUUUACAUCAGGCUAUGUAAACACGGAAACCAUUUUUGAGGAAGUUCAUCACAAUACUGUUUUCGCUUUUCAUCAACCCGUUUCUCAGCUGAUAUAAUCUUGAAAACUUCAAAAUAAGACUAAUUUCAAAUAUUCAGUGAUCAAUUCAUUUCAAUGUAAAGGUACCUUCUGUGAACCUCAGCUUUCAUAAAUUAUUAUUUACUGAUCAGUAACAGAAACCGCAACCGAAGAAACUAAAAUAACAAACCUUGAAAUAAUAGUAUUUCAAGUUUGCGCACUGUUUAGUAAAUUUUAUAAAAUAACGAGAUACUAAGAGCGCCCUGAUUAGUCAAAAACCUAUCGUAUAUUGCACCGGUAAACCAAUAGAAGAUUUAAGUUUGUCUUAUAAAAGCAAUAGACUGCACGUGCUAUCAGUUUACUGGCGUACUAACCCACGUGCGCGAGCUGGAGGCGGGUGAUGUAUUGCUUAAUUCAACAGGUUUCACUGCAAUGAGGUUCAUAUCGUGGAAAGAAUGCCCAUUUGUUUUUAUAACGUUGUAUUUCAACAGGCGCUCAAUCCAGUGUUUAUUCUGAUCAUGAUUCCAAUUUUUGAAAACAUUGUGUAUCCUCUUCUGAGAAAAUGCAAUCUUCUUGUGAGGUACGAACAUACUCUUAUUGUACGUUUUUACCUAUUUGUUUGACUCAACAUCAGUGCGGACUGUGUUUGCUCUUCAUGCGCCUUGAACUCUUUUCUUAACAGGCCCUUACAGCGUAUGUGCGCUGGAAUGCUGCUGGCAGCAUGUUCAUUUGUCAUGGCAGCCUUCAUACAGAUUGCAAUACAGGUAACGUAGAUUUUUCAAUUUUCAAGUGAACACUGCAUAAUUGAUUUUUUUGCUGUACUUCCCCGUGUGAACGUCCAAGGAAAACGAGCUUAAUGGUCUCAACCGAUCCGAUCCAAAACUUAACCAGUCGCGAUUUGGUCAUCCGCGUUUUCCCUCCCUUCUGGCAGUUUGAAGCUUUUAGAAUUCUGAUUGGCUAUGUGUGAUAUUUUCCUCUAUCCUGAUUGGCUAUGUGUGAUAUUUUCCUCUGUCCUGAUUGGCCAUUGCGUUUACUUUGGUUUUGGUUGUACGACCCUCAACCGCUUGAGGGUUAUGUCUUUGGAUCGCUGCAACAAGCCAAACUCCGUUUUGAGUAAUGUCCAAAAUGAUUUGUAACUUUUUAAAAGAGGUCAAAUUAUCGGGAUUAUUUUUUUGUUUGUCUUGUUUUACAGCGAAGUCGAGUUGCAGCGGACGUUCCACCAACAGGUUUCGCCAACCUUCGUGUCAUUAAUGCUGGAGUUUGUAAAAUAAACGCGUUCGGUGUUGGCUUGAACGCAGAGGUGCCUUUGAUGCAGGUAUGGAACUCAAUUAAUUACGUUGGUGUUAAAAUUUUUUCUUAAGUUUUUUUGUGAAUGUAAUAUUUCAGACUGCAGUUUUCUUUUCAUCUUCCCCCAUAGUGUAUUCUCUUUUAAGUCACGCGGAGUGCGCUGUUCGACUGGCCGUUCGAGUGCCCGUUCGCCCGAUCGUUCGUUCGUUCGUUCGUUCGUCGUUCGUUAAUCGUGAAUUCGUUUGUCCGUCUGUUUGUUCGUUCGUUCGCUCGUUCGGUCCAUCGCCCGUUUAUUUAGUGAGUCAGUCGGUCUGUCUUUUUGUUACCCAGUCAGUCAGCCGGCCAGACAGCUAGUCAUUCGAUCAUUUAGUAAAUCAGUCUGCCAGUUUUUCAGUCAACUAUUAAUUUUUUCUAUAAUUCAUUCGAUUCUAUUGGAUAUAGAUGUUAGAAUAGUCUCAGAAUUGACCUCUGAUCUCGUCUCUUUUUGUUUCCAGGCUUCGGAUUAUGCUCACGUCCCAGUUACUCUGGAUACAAUAAACGUAAAAACGGUUGACUGUCCCACCAAACUCACCAAGUCAUUCUCGGUGAAGAUCAAAGAAAAAGGCGCAACCACUUUCGUUGUUGGAAUCGAAAAGAAUGCGCUGAUUGGAGAGCAGGUACAUUUAACAGUGUCAUGUUGACUGGACUGAGUUACAAAAGCGUUACAAUCAUUGAACUAUUCACGAAAUUGUAACGUUGAGUUCCGCUCAAAAGUUAGUUAAGAGUCUCCGCUCGAAACUCGAUCCUCGAAACUACUGGGAAUCGAGGUUCCAACAAAAGAGGAAAAAGUGGCUGUUUUUGCUAUUCUGCCUAACGCUGGAUACUUGAAAUAACUAACUUGAUAAGGCGGAAGUUGGAGAAACAGCCCGGACUAUAAACAAAUGAGUUCAAGUGUUUGGAAACACCCAUGAGUAUCGCUAGAAACCACAAAUGAUGCACCAACAGGUGUUUUUGAGUAAACUUUGCACAAAAUUUUGUUCCGAUGGUAAUACUUUUUUUCCUUUUUUGCUCUGGCUAUUGUUUCAGAUUGAGGAUAUUCUCGAGCCAUUGAAAGGAAGUGUAGCAAAAGUCAGGUAGGCGAUGAAGUGUAUUGAAAUGUCAAAUCCUUGUCCUCUCGUUACACAUGUAGUGCCGCCUAAUAUCACAUGUGAUCAUGUUAUUGAACUUAUGACUUAAAAUCUUGUUAUGCGGUGAUUUGCAAUGAUUAUAAGCUUCCCAUGUAUUUUAAACUUCAUGAAAAAAAGAUAGGUGAUGAAUUUGAAAGCGACCUUCACAGUAAUAAACACCACUCAAGCAGUAGUGAAAUUAAAACCUAAAAAAAAUUCCGGCCUGUACGGGAUUUGAACCUAAGACCUCUGCGGUACUGGUGCAGUUCUCCUGUGUCUUAUUUUCACCACUGCGAAGAUCACUUCCUAAUUCAUUUCUUAAAGCGCAGUUCGCACAUAUAUGAUUUUCAAAUAUCUACAGUUACUGAAAAAGGUACGUGGUAAAUAUAUUUAUAAACAAAUCAAUCAGUCACUCAUUUCAUUAGUAAGUGCCCACAUACCCGCGGGCCGUAUAUUACUGUACGGCCCGCUAAAUUCGAAAGUUUGUUUGAAUUGAAGUGUUCCUCCCUUUAUUUGAACCUAGAUGUACAAAAAGUAUCUUACUAACCUAGUUUUUCCGGUCUGUAUGGUGAGUUAAAGAACCUUGUUUCUUUGCUCGGAUUUAUGGCCCGCUUGCUACACGCUUGCGCCAUAAAUCCGAACGGAAAAGACCGGCUUGGUCCGUAACUUACGGUACGGACUUCGAACUCGGAUGGUAAGUUUAAGGGAAAAAGUUGCAUCUGCAAUGAAACGUCCUUCGUCAAAAAUGAUUUAAUUUAUUUGAAAAUCAUCUAAGUUGCCUUGCGCGAGAGGAUUUCGGUGACGCUUUCGGUGACAUAAACUUGUUUUACUGUCACAGAUUUUUUCACACUGGGGGUGAUGUAGCACCGUCUGUGGACAUAAAACUCAACAAAACUUUAACGUACAAGGACAUUGGAAGCUUUAAAAACACCGACUACAAGGAACUUUUAUCAAAGAAGUAAGUUUCUUACCAGUUUCCUACUCUUCAGAUUACUUCGUGCCCAGGCUCUCUCUUCUUUUCCUCAGGCCCUGGAAACGAGGCUUCGUCUCAUGUUACUAGAUCUUAGAACAAGUUAAAUUUAAGAAGAGAUUUCGCGUUGGAAAAUAAAGAAUCGGAAUCUAAAGUCAAACGUUUCGAAGAUGAUGAUAUUUAAGCGUAAACGAGAGUUGCUUUUGUGUGGUUCUUAUUUACAAUUGGAAGCCUUCUUUAUGACGUCUACACAAGGCAGGGUAACUUUUUCAAAUAUGAGUAAUAAACCCCCUUAUUUUUGUUGGAAGAGGGGCUGCCGAAAGACAAAAAUCGUCCGUGGAUUGCUGGGCGAGCGAAGCCUCCAGAAAAUACUUGCAGAAAGGCAUUUUUGCCCUAUUCCUAGAUCUCUUGCACCAAAUAUUUCAAGUUCGCGGCUCGACGAUUGUAUUCUGCUUGAUUCAGAUUCCUGUUCCUUUCAGGUAUCCGAUUAAAGUUAUGUCCGCUGGAACAGACGAUAAACUUCUAAGCCAGAAGAUGUACUUUGGUGAUGGCGGCGUAUACACUGCAAUUAUACAACCAGAUCCUAAGAAGAAUGAUCAGGUUGAGUUCUUAUUUACAGAGUAAUUUAAAGUGGAAUCAGAAAUUAAAAAACCUUCGUUUUAAUUGAUUAAAAUUAAAAUUGAGAGGGCAGGUUUUUUAGGACAUCUUAAAAGUUCUCGCGGUUGAAUUUGUUCCUUAGUUGCGCGCUGUAUUUAUCGCUAACUUUAAGUGACUUCCUCUGUGAAUGAGAAUCAUUUGCAGCUUAAAACGAUAGAUGUUUCAGUCACAUUUAUUUGGGAACACUGAGAAAUUCCGCCUUUUGAACUCGAAACAAUGGAAGACAGGAGCUUCAUCCCCUUAUCGAAUUGUUCUACCUCACAGUAACGAAAUUUCAGACACUUCAUGUGGUCUCAGGAGAACAAUUCAAUAUUUUACUUUCAUUUCUACAAAUAUCUUAGACGUGUUGAGUGAUACAGCCGUUAUUUGUAGUCCGGAGUUCUUGAGGAUCGGAUCUUUCUUAAGUGACAGCCAUAUUUUGUUUAAUUGGGUCACCGUUAUAUACCGCGAAGGCCCAAGUUAUGUUAAGGGAACGGGAAGCAGCGACUACAUGUUAUACCUAAAAUCGAGUCACCUCAGUUGCACUUGGGUUUUGUGGACUCUUCUGGCCCAAGCGCAUUUAAUUGGAGAUUUUUGUUGUUUUAGCUGACCAUCAAGAAGUUUGCGGAUGUUAGAGCGAAUUCAAUCUCAAUGCUGUGGCAGAUUCCACAAUAUGUGACCAUCACCGCAGGGGAAGUUCUUUUCUCUAUAACAGGGCUGGAGUUCGCUUACUCUCAGGUGAAUGUACACCUAGUUUACAAUUUUCAACUUGUUCUGUCGUAGUUUUGUACGGUCUCCUUGCCUUCCAAGGAAGAAGAGAGACCUCAGGACUGACUUUCCUGUCACGCAAUGACACUUCUUUGGGUGCAGUGUAGUUGUGUGACAUAUAAAAGAGGGGGGAAGCAUUUGGAAAGUGAUGCAUUGCCACUCUCACAGUAAACCCAAUGUCCUUUUAAUUACUGCGUCGCUAGUGAUAAUCAGGGAGCACUGUUAAACAGUCGAAAUUGCAAUUGGACCGGUGUGACUUGUCAUGCAAUCUCAAUGUGGGUUGGAAUGUCUUGAAAUGUCAAUGUUUUUUUCUGUUCAUUCUUAACUCGAGAAAUGGCUGAAACACUUCCAAGUUGUUGUUAUGACCUCAAAUUUACUCCAUCCGUCCAUCACUCCUUCCUUCCAUUCCUGUCACUUUUGGGUAGGUCUGCUGACUAGCAUAUAAAGCGUUCGUAUGUUCAGGAAAAGAAAGAGAAAGGAGAAAGAAGAACAAAACCCAAAAAACUCACUGCUACUUGGGAUAUAUCCCCAGACCUCUCGCCUCAGAGGAUAAGCUUUCUCUAUUGCACCAAGUAUGCAGAGCGUAAGCGAUUUUGGGGAGUAUACCAUAUAAAUAAAACGUUACCUUUCUUAACCAAAAGUUUUAAAAUACGAGGUCAGUUCAGUGACCUCGAAGUCUCUUUCGCCCCUUCAUUAUUCAUUUUCCGUGUUCAGUGGCUCACAGUUACUCUGAUUUUUGCAUUAACCCUUUACACCCUAACAUCAGUAUGCAUAUUCUCCAUACUGUUUUCCAUACAUUUCAAACAGGCUGACAAGGAGAAUUUGUUUAACAAUCAAGAGCUGCUUUAGUUGGUGAUCGUCUCCUCUAUUCUCGUGACUUUCGUGUUCGAUUGAGGGGUGAUAACGUAUGGAGAAAGUAGACGCUAGUCACUCUUAGGGGCCAAAGAGUCAGAUUUUCAUUUAACUCCUUGUUUUAAAUUGCUUUCUUCAACAGGCUCCUGUUAGUAUGAAAUCUUGUGUAAUGGCUGGCUGGCUUAUGACAGUGUCCGUUGGAAACGCCAUUGUUGUGGUGUUUGCAGAAGCCCGACUCACCGACGACAUGGUAAGAAGAGCGGUUUUGUUUUCAUCACUUGUCAAUCGAUGUAAAAAAUUUGUUUUUAUUACUUAACUAAGAACCGUGCGUUACAGAGUAAAAGGAUUAAGGUCUGGGCCCUAAUUAGGACCGCUUUGUUUUGGUAUUGAACAGCAGACUUUAUUCUUUCAGUACCUCUUCAACCCAAGUCCUCAGAAUUCAACCUGAAACAAUAAAACCACUUCGCUAUUUUUUAUUUUUGCUUUUCCUUAGAAAAGCUUUUUGGUAUGAAGAUCAUUUUCAUCGGUCGUGAUAACCAGUCACAAAAUGUUGUUUUGUUAACCGAAGAUAUGAUUUUGAAUCCACUAAAUGUAGCCCAAAGGCAUUGGGCUCACAGAUAAGGAUUUAAACAAAGCAAAAAAAGCAAAGUUGUUGUAAAAAUCAAUCUGGUGAAUAUAGAUUCGGGACGGUUGCGAGAGAUUUGACAGCAAAUAAAUGCACAUACUGCCUGUAGAAUGAACAAGGAAUCCGAAUAGGAAAAAAGAGAUUUUUUUGACAAUUUGAAUACUUCCUCUCAAAUUGCAACCGAAAGGCAUCACGCUCACGAGUAUAGAUUGAUAUAAAUGGCAGUAGUUAUAAAGCUAUUUUUUUGUUUUGUUUUGUUUUGUUUCGUUUAAACAUGUCAUUUCUUUAAUCCCUUUCAAUGCAUUAAAUACCGUUUUUCUUUUCCUUCCUCCUUUAGGCGAACGAGUUUUUCUUUUUUGCCGGCCUACUUGCCUUGGUAAUGCUAGUGUUUAUGGUGAUGUCUUAUUUUUACAAAUAUGUAUACUACUCUGUUAAUGGCGAAACAAGCGACAGCAGUCCCCGUGAAGAAGAAACAAAAGACGAAGAAGAUGAUAAAGAGAAAGGAACCUAAUAAAGAAGAAUAUUUCUUCUUAUUACCUUGUAGUUCGCAAUAGGGACCUUAAACAAUCCAGACGACAACGCUAAGAAAUAAGCCAAUUAAAAAAUGCAUUUAUAUUUUUGUUAAGAAUUUCACGAAUGGGUGGAUGUAAUUACCAUCUCUAAAGGCGCCAGACCUCAUCUUCAGCACAAGUUAUGCGAGCAGCAUUGUUUUCCAAAUGGAAACUUAAAUUGGGGAUUUCACGUUGUUGUUUGUGAACACUGUGCUGAUAGUAAGUACGAAGUUUAAAAACGCACGUGCUGAGCUAUUGUUCUGCCUAUUCGAUCUAUUGUUUUGCUGCGUUGUAGUUACCGUCGUCGUCGUGGUUUGUUCAAGGUCCCUUAAUAACUGUUACUUGAGUUUUCGAACUGGUUAAUUUAAUUUGAUAUUCUGUUGUGUAUAACAGGUGCUUAGAUACACGUGCGAGUUUAUUUGGCACCUCUUUUUCGUCCUUUUCCCGGAUGUCUAAAUGCAGCUGCGCUUUCCUCUGCGCCACUAAUUUUAAAGUAACUAUUUUAAAAGUGGAAACCGUUCCUCAAAGUUUCAGAGAAAUUUGGUUUUGUUAUCGAUUCGAAUGUUUAAUUAUCCUCUUAGAGGGUCGCAACUGGAGAAAUCUUUGACCUUUGAUGGCUAGUUUUUACACCGUUUUGACCAUUGACGGUUAAACUUUAGGGCCUUUUACGGGUUGACAAUUAGAUAUCGAUCUAAAUUAGAACCAAUAUGGAUUUUUUUUAUUUUUGGAUAUGAAUUAUAAUUUAUAAUGAGAUCUAUUCAGUCUUCCUCUGUCGAAGUAAAGUGAAGCAUAGUUGCAAGACCUCUCACAGUAGAUAACGAUUAGUUUCAAACAACCCCUUCGUUCCUGGUAUUAAAGGUGCAAACAGCGUUAGCAGAAAUUGCAGACCUCAUUCUUCGAGCCCUGAGCAUAUUACGUUCAGAGCGCCAACAAAAUUAGAUCCACGUAGUGUACCGAACGUGACUACAUACGCU